CGUCGCUUCACUAAAAGGAAUUCAUUUGAUCAGGAGAGUAGUGGCGCGGCAGCUAAAAUAAUCGAAGAUACUUCUCAAUUUUAGCAGUUGUUCAAUCAUUGUUCGCACGGUUCGAAUUAACCCUGGCACAUUCAUUGAAUAUACUGACUAUAAAAAGUGACGAGUGCGUGUUUAAGAUUAGUUGAAUUAGACACCAGUUUGAGGACGUUCUCUGCACAGCGAGAUGGUUUACCAAAACUAUAACGCAGCUAGUAAGAAGCUUCGAUGAAAUAAGCGAGGGUUGAGAGGAAACGGCUGGGACGAUAUCACUGCCCCGGGUGCCAUAGGCAUGAUAGCAUAGGAAAACAGAGUUAACCGCGUGACACUGGUCAGGACAGAGACUCCCAACCGUGGCACAGGUGCACGAAGUGGAAAGCAUUAACACGAAAGAGCAGUUCAUUUCUCUGACCACUUAGUCCGAUGGAAAUCAUAUGGUGAACAGAAUGGUGCUCGGAGCGUCUGUCAUCCUGUUGUUCACGUUUAAAGUUUGUGAGGGAACAGCAGAUGCUAAGCGACUUUAUGACGACUUGCUGUAUAAAAGCGGCUAUAAUAAGCUUAUCCGUCCUGUGGGAAACAACAGCGAUAAGCUGACCGUAAAACUGGGACUCCGGUUGACACAACUGAUUGAUGUAGAUGAGAAGAACCAGAUCAUGACUACCAACGUGUGGCUGAUGCAUGAAUGGGACGACUACAAACUGCGGUGGAACCCUAAAGAUUAUGGUGGGGUGAAUAUACUGUACGUCCCUGCAGACAGAAUCUGGCUUCCGGAUGUAGUGUUGUAUAAUAACGCAGAUGGCAAUUAUGAGGUCACCCUAAUGACGAAAGCAACCGUUCAUCCGACAGGAAAGGUGCAAUGGGAGCCGCCCGCUAUUUACAAGAGUGCCUGUCCCAUCAACGUGGAAUUCUUCCCUUUUGAUGAACAAACUUGUAUUAUGCAAUUUGGGUCAUGGACUUACGAUGGUUUCCAAGUGGAUUUAAAGCACAUAUGCCAGCCAGAUGAUUACAAUGAUGACUAUGAAAUCGGCUAUGGCAUUGACCUAAAGGACUACUCACGCAGUGUCGAGUGGGACUUACUAAGUGUUCCUGCCAGACGCAAAGCCAAAUACUAUACUUGCUGUCCUGAGCCUUAUCCUUUUAUUAUUUUUAACGUAACCUUGCGUAGAAAAACUCUUUUCUACACUGUUAAUCUGAUAAUCCCCUGUGUGGCUAUUUCUUUCCUUACUGUUUUGACGUUCUACCUCCCAUCAGACAGCGGCGAGAAGAUUACUUUGUGUAUCUCCAUUCUGCUUUCACUCACUGUGUUUUUCUUGCUAUUGGCCGACCUGAUUCCGCCGACUUCAAUUGUGGUUCCCCUCAUCGGGAAGUACCUGCUCUUCACCAUGAUACUGGUAUCUGUGUCAAUUAUCGUGACGGUCGUGGUGCUGAAUGUCCACUUCCGAAGUCCAUCUACCCACGUGAUGUCACCUUGGGUUAAGAAGGUUUUCCUCCAGAUUCUACCGAGACUGCUGAUGAUGCGGCGACCCACGCCGGAAGGGGAAAAGACGCCAAAGGUGAUGGUGCGGGCUUGCAAUGGAAUGGAGAUGCGAGACGCUUUCGGAAACAGUCGACAAAAUUGCGAUGCAAAUCAUAUGGGUCACGAAGAAAUCUUGCUCCUUGGGCAGGAGGAAAGGAACCCCGGACUGAGGAAACGAAAAUAUCCAGUCCACAUCCAGAAAGCGUUGGAAGGUGUAACAUUUAUCUCCGACCACCUAAAGAACGAAGAUGUUGAAGACAUGGUAAAAGAAGAUUGGAGGUAUGUAGCCAUGGUGUUGGAUCGGCUUUUUCUGUGGAUUUUCACUACAGCAUGCUUGGUUGGAACUCUCGGUAUAAUCCUGCAGGCUCCCACACUCUAUGACGACAGAAUGCCACUAAAAACCGCUUUAUUACAGAGCUGUUUUCCUUUCAACCAAUAGCAGACAUCACACAAUGCUAAGUAACAUAAUGCUUGGUAGCGGCUCAAUGGAGUUUCACUGCGACUGAACAUUGAUGCCAGUUUUUAUAUUUUACUCAUUUUGUGCAAUUUGUGUCGCCGGAUUCCUUUAAUAUAAACUUAGGUACUUAUUACCAUAUAUUUCUUCAUAAAUCAAUUAAUGUACCAAUUAAACUUGUAUAUUUUUUCUGGACUGUAUGGUGCAUACAUGUGUACAUGUAUCGUGAAGACGUACGUUUCUUGCAGUAAAAUAUCAGCAUAAAAUCCACUUCAAUAUAUGCAAUUACAUGUGUGUAAAUACUGAAUGAUGCAAAUAACAAAACAUAUCGUCAGUGUAAUGUGUGUUUGUGUGUUGAUUCAGCCUAUUUAAAGAUACAAGGAUUAGGACAAGGUUAUGAGUGACACAGUGUUUUGCCACAUAGAUCCCGACCACUCUAGGAAUAAAGAGACGUUGACAGAAACCAAAUUAUUAUAAAAAAUUAGUUUUAAAAUUGCCGGCGAGGCACUGGAGCAAAUGACAUCGACGCUGAAGAA